UGAAGGAAGAAAUACUAAAAGAAACAAGCCCAGAACCCAGUUGUGAGCUUUAUGCUAAGCUGUCUUCCAAGAAUGGCUGUGGAGUCCAGAGCACUUUCAAGCCUGGGAACUCAGGAUCCCCGGGAACAAGAACUGCUACUAGUGAAAGUAGAAGAGGGCCUCUCCUGGGAGCAGAAAUCUAAACAGGAUGGGACUACCCAGUCUUUCCAAGAAAUGUUUCGCCAGCAGUUCAGGAAGUUUUGUUACAAGGAGACUCCUGGGCCUCGGGAGGCCCUGGGCCGGCUGCAGGAGCUCUGCCAUCAAUGGCUGCAGCCAGAGGUGCACACAAAGGAGCAGAUCCUGGAACUGCUGGUAUUAGAACAGUUCCUGAGCAUCUUGCCCGAGGAGCUACAGAUCUGGGUUCAGCAACAGAGUCCACAAAGUGGCGAGGAAGCUGUGACCCUUUUGGAGGAUUUGGAGAGAGAGUUUGAUGACCCAGGGCAACAGGUUCCAGCGAGUCCACAAGGGCCAGCAGUGCCGUGGAAGGAUUUCACCUCUCAUGGAGCAUGCCAAGAGUCAAUAAACGUCCAACUGCAGCCUUUAAAGACACAGCUGAAAUCCUGGGAACCGUGCCGGUCCCCCCAAAGUGAUGGUGAGAACAGCAAAUCGGCGAGCAAGGAGCAGAUUUUAGGAGAAAAAUCACAAGGACUUCCUCUGGAAUCUUCAUUCAGAGAAGUUAGUGAACUUGAAAACCAUAUAGAAUGGCAUCAAGGAAAUGAUACAGAUAAGAAAUUAAGAGCCCCUCCCCAAGGAGACCGUUUUAGUCAAGUGAUCUUCACACAUGAAUCUCUAGGAAAGAGGGACCAUCAUGAUAAUCAUCAAAGCUUGAUUCUGAGUACAAACUCCAUGCCAUGUCAGAAAGUUCUUACAGAAGAGAGACCUUACAGAUGUGACGUGUGUGGGCACAGCUUCAAGCAACAUUCCUCUCUAACACAACAUCAGAGAAUCCAUACUGGAGAGAAGCCCUACCAGUGUAACCAGUGUGGAAAGGCCUUUAGUUUGAGGUCAUACCUUAUUAUUCAUCAGCGGAUUCAUAGUGGGGAGAAAGCAUAUGAGUGCACUGAAUGUGGGAAAGCCUUCAAUCAGCGCUCAGCCCUUAUUAGACAUCGGAAAAUUCAUACUGGGGAAAAAGCUUGUAUAUGUAACGAAUGUGGCAAAGCAUUCAGCCAAAGUUCGUAUCUAAUUAUACAUCAAAGAAUUCACACUGGUGAAAAGCCCUAUAAAUGUAAUGUGUGUGGAAAAGCCUUCAGUUUGAGCUCAAAUCUCAUUAGACAUCAGAGAAUUCACAGUGGAACGGAGCCAUAUCCAUGUAAUGAAUGUGGCAAAGCCUUCAAAAGGAGCUCAGCCCUAACUCAGUAUCAGAGAAUGCACUCUGGGGAUGAAGAUUAUAUAUGUAAUGAAUGUGGGAAAGCUUUCAGGCACCAGUCAGUUCUCAUGCGUCAUCAGAGAGUCCACACUGUAGAGUAACUUGUGAUUACAUUGACUGGUAACUAUUCUGGUCGAUCCUUGUCUUUGUGAGUCAAAGGCAUUUACUCUGGAACAAUAUUCCAGUCAGUCUGCGAUCUGCUAGGUCUUCAGUCAGUCUUAACUUGAUGUGUGUAGCAUUUCCGAAAACUGAUGAAUACUGACCCUUGAAAACCUUUUCUGUGACUAAUGAGAAUGGCAGAGGGGAGAGCCAUUACUUUCAGCUUUUCCUUUUUACCAUAAAGAGUACUCAGGAAAUCGCAAGGUAGCAUUGCGACCUCACUUCCCACGAGGGCAUCAUGCAAAGGGCUGGUGAGCCAGACUCAUCAUUGCGUCCGCUUGUUCCAGGGCUGCAAUGAUGCAUACACUCUGAGGGACUUUUUGUCACUCUUAGGAAUUCAUAAAACAUUUCCUAUCACAAAUAAGGACAGUGGCAGGGCAGCAAGAAAGAUGAGGGAAGUAGCUUUUUGUUGUGCCUAGGGCAAGCAGAAAUUGUGAGAGAGAAGGAAAAAAGAAUUUGGUGUGUGUGGGAAGACGACAGAGAAGGGGCCAUUCCACAGUCUAAGGCAUCAGUUCCCAAACUUACUUGGCCUACAGUCCACUUUUCAGGGGGGGAAAAAAAUUUUUUUUUGGUUACCUCUCCUCUGGCAUUUAAAAUCUUUCUCUCUACAGAAGGCUUUUGCAGCCUCCCUGGAUUGCUACAGCACCCCCUAGCGGGUGCUAUCACCCACUUCGGGAAACAUCGAUAGCAGGGAAGGACAGUGAGGCACACUAUGAUGUGAUUGCUGCUGCCAACCCCAAAAGGAAAACCUGUCCAAGGAAAGGCUUGGGGGAGAUGCACUAAAAGAUACGUGGGAGGUAGCGAGGGAGUUAUGCCAGGGAGACGCCUCCCAACAAUCAGAACAACAGGUGAGAAAGAUACAGUGGCAUCUAUGUAAAGUAAAACUAGAAGGCCACUUUGUCUGAAGUUCCUUUUGGGAGAAACAAAUGGAGCAAGAACAUUUUAAUCAAUGCUUUGUGUCAAAAUAGAGGCCACAGGAAAAGCCCGUUUAACAAAACGAGCCCUUAGACCAUGAGGUAUUCUGUAAGUUGGACUUGGUCUGGUGUGACCUCAGGCAAAGGGCCAAUAUGUACCUUCCUUGACAAACCUGUAGGCUGCGCUAGAACGUCCGUGGGGCUGGGGGACGAAAGCCAGCCUAGAUAAUAAGACUGUUGAAAGUUGUCCAGCUCGGUUUCCCAGACACGAGGGCUCCUUUGUGUCCUAAAAUAGAGCUGCUCUGGAUGGAAGCUGGUGGUAUUGCCAUAUCAUUUGUUUCUGAGCCUGUGUCACACAUUUCCUAGUACACCCUUGGGCUCCAGUACUCAAGAUAAAUCAGCCAGGGUCUCGGAGUCUAUGAGUGAUGUUUUUCAGGUACCACGCACAUGGUGAGCUUUGACUUAACUACCGUCACCAGUUUUUCACAAUUUCUUUUGUGAAACAAAAUCAUAGUCAUGACUGAUCCAGAGAUCCUUGUCUUCUGAGGAACCUGCAGGGAAGUGCUUAGCGCAAGGCUAAAUUGUAGUGGUUAGUCAGAAACAGACAUGUUAUUCAAAAGACCUACUAGACUAAGAUCCUUCCCACCAAAUCUGAUGGGAAGUUUAGAGCCCUGAUUGAUUACCGAGAGUUAAAAAGCAACAGAGAAGCAUGCUUCUAUAGGUCAGAACAUAGAUUGCUAUCUGUUAAACAGUGAGCUGUGUAAGAGUUAAAUACUGGUGUUUGAAGAGAAAAAAUUCUCACUUGUUCAAAGUAAGUAAAAAGUAACAAAAUACUAGGAACCAUUCAAUGCUUUCCUCGUUUUUUUUGGUUCUUUUUCACAGGGAAAGACCUAUGGAAAAUGAAAAGGGCAAGAUGUGUGUAGGAAUAACUUCAUGUUGUUGAGUUCCUUAGGUUCAGCUACAACAGUGAAGUACAGCCCAGUCCUGUGGCAUCCUCCCAGUUGAUGAUAGGUUUGUGCCCUUUGUGAAGCCCCGGAGUUUCCUCACUGAGGAAAACUUUCUCGCUGAGCCUCUACCACGCAUGAUUCACCCCCCAUCCCCCAGGAACGAGUUCUACCUGAUGAUGUGUCAAAAGUACGGGAGACAAAAGAUUCUUCAUGCUCAUUUCUAAGUCACAUUCUGGCUGUAGUUCAAAGGUCUUUAUGGUCAAACUUCUGGUAGCCCAUGAUAUAUUCAGCUCUCUACCAACCCCGUAAUUGAACGACAUUGAUACUUCUCCAGUCAUCCUGGUUCACUUUCCAGUGUUUGCAUGCAUUUGAGGCCAUUAAAAAUAACCAUGGCGUGGGGCAGGCCCACCUACGUUUCCAAGGCAACAUCCUUGCUUUUUAAAACUGUAAGGUCGUUUGCAGCAGAUGUGCCUUGUGAGGUACGUCAUUUGGCUGCUGCCUCCGCGGGCUGUGACUGUGAAUCCAAGUAAAAUGAAUCCUUGACAGCGUCCCUCCAGCCUUUCUCCACUUACUGCUGGUAUUGCGGAUUCCGAGGACUUUUUUCUCUGUUGAUGUGCAAUCCACACUGAAGGUUUUGGUCUUUAAACUUCAUCAGUAAGGGUUUCAAGUCCUGUUCACUUUCAGCAGGCAAGGUUCUAUCAUCCAAAUCUCAAAGGUGACUUAGGAGCCUUCCCUCAGUGCUAAUGCUGUUUUCUUCAUAUCGUCCGGUUUCUUGAGUUAUUUGCUCAGCAUACAGAUUGAGUAAGUAUGGUGAAAUGAUUAACCGCUGAUGUAUCACUGCCCUGGUUUUAAACUACACAGUACCCUCCCUCUUCUGUUUGAAGGACUGCCUCUUCUUGGUGUGCGCACAGGUUCCGCAUGAACACAGUGAGGUGUUCUGGAGUUCCCAUUCGUCACAGUGUUAUCCAUAAUUUGUUAUGAUCUGCAGUCGAAUGCCUUUGUAUAAUGUGAUGGUUUAAACAUGUCCCCCAAAAUAUUUGUUGUAAAUCCUGACCUCUAUGCCUGUCAUUAUUAUUGCCUUUGGAAAUGUGUUUUCUAAUGUGUUAAUGUAGGAUGUAUCUUGAGUCCAUUUCUUUUGAGAUGAAACAUGCAAUCAGAGCAGAGAUGGGGAAGAGCGUUACCAAGCCACAUGAAGAUCACCCAGCAGUAGUCUCCAGAGCCAACCGAGAGAGAAAGCCUUCCCCACUGAGCCAGUCCUCUGUACUUUCAAACUGUGAGCAAAUAAAUUUCUAUUUGUUAAA